GGAAUCGGAAGAAUUUCGUUGGUGUCUCAUAAAUUAAUUGCCUGGCGGAGCAGCGUGCUGUGCCGAAAGUGGGCAGUUGUGGGUUCCUAUCCCGUCGUCCAUCUACCAUUUAGGCAGUCGGAUUAGCUAGAUCUGAAAUGGAUGAGAGAGUAUUGCGUGAGGUGAUGUUGGAGGUGGGUGAUGGAAGUCUUCGGUUCAACGAACAACCAUACCACAGUCCACAUUUUUCCGAUGAUGAGGAGAAGGAUCCCGGAAAUGUGGUGGAGGAUGAGAAGAGAGUUGUUGGGGGCAGAGGUCCAAGGAGCGAAGAAGAUGAUUCACCCAUAGAAGAGAGAUUUAGUAGUGAUUCAGAUUGUGAUCACGGUGGAGACGACGAAAGUACAGGUAUGGAAGAUGGUGACUUUAUUAGGGAGAACGGAAAUAGAAGCACCGAAAAUACAGACCGCGAAAGAUUUAUCAUGGUUGACGAUUCGGAAGAGUUGGAAGAGUCGGGGCGUAAGUUUGCAAAGGGAUUGUUGAAUACCGAGUUGUCGUUUGAAGAUCUAUGCCCCCUGACUCCCGAUAGCUUGUGGUGUUCUAGUUUGAAGGGUAAGGAUGUGAAGACCAUAGGUAUAGGGGAUUUUGAUAACAUAACCUUUCCGACCGUAGAGGAGGCUGAAAAAUUCUACUAUUAUUACGCAUUCAUGAUUGGUUUCAGCGUGAAGAAGUUUAGAAGAGAGAGGCGCGAAGUUGGGGACCGUAUGGUGAUCUGGAGGAGAACUUGGGCCUGCUCGAAUGAGGGCUAUUGCUGCAGCAAGAAGGAUCCAAAUGCUGAUGUUCCACCUCCCAUAUUGUUUGGUUCAGAUGGAUGUAUGGACCAGAAUGGGCAAUGUGGGGAUCCUACAGUUGUUGGAAAGAAAAAGAAGAGAAAGGGUGUGGCAAGGGGAAUGAAGUACACAAGGACUGGUUGUAAAGCGAACUUCACCGUUAAGAUAGAUGAAGAAACUGGGCUUUAUCACGUGUUCAGAUUUGAAACAGCCCACAACCACGGUGUUGCAGCCGUAUCAGAGCGUCACUUUCUCCGUUCAUUUAGGAAAGUGACACCAGAGGACUUGCUAGAGGUGCAUGCACUCCAGUCAACAGGUUUGGGGGUCAGUGGUUCUUUUGAUUUUAUGGCAAGGCAAAAUGGAGGUGCCCCUUUGGUUGGAUUCAUGCUGAAGGACUUAUACAACAAAUUGGACCGUUAUAGGAGACUUAAUAGCGAACUUGGCGAUGCAGAAGCAGCCAUGAACUGGUUACGCAUAAAAGGAAUGGAAGAUCCUAAUUUUUUUUGUAGGUAUAGCAGAGAUGAAGAAGGGAGAUUGGCUGCUCUGUUUUGGAGGGACCAUGCUUCAUUCCUGGACUACCAAGCAUUUGGGGAUGUUUUGAUCAUAGAUAGCACCUACAAAACAAACAUCUACGGAAUGCCAUUGGUGUUGUUCGUCGGUGCAAACAACCACAGAGCUAGUGUGUUAUUUGGCUGUGGUCUCGUUCGUGAUGAGAAGGAGGACACCUUCCAUUGGUUGAUUGAGCGAUUCGUUUCUUCAAUGGAGAACAAGGUCCCAAUAACAGUUGUAACAGACGGGGAUGAAAGGUUGCACGCUGCACUUCACACGCACUUGCCAACAGCAAGGCAGAGGUUGUGUUCAUGGCACAUAGGGCGGAAUGUAGGUCAAAAUAUAAAAGACGAAAAAGUGCAGAAAUUAUUAGGGAAGCUCAUAUAUGGGUCAUAUAGUAUAGAAGAAUGGGACAUGAUGUGGGCGAAGAUGAUAGCGGAAAACGACUUGGGGGACAAUGAAUGGCUGAAGACACUCCACGAUAGGCGUGAGCGAUGGUCGGAGACAUUUUUCAGGGGACAUCAUUGUGGUGGAAUUUGCAGCACACAACGGUGUGAGGGUAUGAAUAACAAGGUUAAGACGAAAGUGUGUGGUUACACCAAGCUGGUUCAAUUUGUACCAAGGUUGUACCACAGUGUUGGGCGGCUGAGAGACCGGUAUAUGUUGGACGACUUCAAGUCCCGCAAUUACCACAGGAAAUUUGAAUUACCAAUGAAGGCCGUGGAGGAACAAGUAUUCAAUAUUUUCACGGACGACAUCUAUUUAGUCAUCAGGGGCCAGAUGGUGUUUGAGAAUGCGUUUAAUGUCUCCACACGUGUUGAUUAUGAAGGGUCCAAAAACCUGACAUGCUACGUCACACAAUACGGUGUAGAUGAUAGGUGUUGGUUAGUGACUUACGUAGCCGGCUCUAUCGAAGGGGAGGGGGAUACUUAUAGAUGUUCCUGCCAACUGUUUGAGUCAGAUGGGAUACCGUGCUGCCACAUUUUCUCUGUUUUUAAACGGGAAAGUGUGAAGAUCUAUCCGAAAUCUCUUAUAUGGCCAAGGUGGACAAAAGACGCAGGUAAGAAGUCAUGUGUUGAUAAGGUGAUAAUUGACAAUGAUUUUGGGGAAUCUCAGGCCUGUCGUUAUGCCAAGUUAAUCGGUAUAGCUAAAAGAGCUUGCUACAACAUGUCAUUGACUGAUGAAGGAUUCGAGAAGGGCACAGUUGAUUUGCACAUGCUUUUGGGGAAAUAUCAUGUAGAAAACCCUUUGAAAAAGGCACGGGUUAACCCGGGUGACAAUGAUAAUGUCGUCCGUGACCCUGUCCUAGCUAGAACUAAAGGGAGCCACGUUACUAGAACUGACAGAAAUGGUCAGGGAAAUGAAGGAACCGGGGAUGGUCCAAAAUGCAAGGAGUGUCAUACUUCGGGGCACAACAAGCGUACUUGUCCAUUGCUGAAGAAGCGAGAUAGAGACAAAGGGGCGACGAAAGCUUCCAAAUCAGGGACUGUGUCACAAAAAUGUAGCGAACCAGAAAUUGGUGGUAGUUCUGCAUCAGAUGUUCCACAUUUUAGUUAUAAUUGUACUAAUAAUCUACCUCCUCGUGCGCCUUAUUACCCACAGAUGCCGUCACCCGUAAAUUUGUGCUUUGGGCCUGAUCAUGCCAGCCUUCCUGAUAUGAAUUCGCAGUUUGGAGCCUCAGAUAAUCCUAUCCAUGGAUGGGGUUUUUGGGGUGGUUCUUCACUUUAAUGCUGUUUAGACUUAGAGUUUGGUUGGUUGCUUAGCUCUGUUGUUUCUGAGGAAGGAUGACAAUUCCCCUACAUUUUGCCAUUUUGGUUUAAGUCUGUCCUUUCUUAUUUUGUAUUUAAGCAACUGUGUUUAACUUAAUAAUAUUAGCUAUUAGAAAUUAGGUUUUGUUAAACAGUACCGGUGUUUUACUUCGUAAACUUUGUACACUAUGUAACCAUUAUCAGCCAGAACAUAUGUCGCAAGAAGUCUAUAUGGGUUUAUAGUGCCUGUAAUCAUAUUUUUGUCAUGUCACCUAAUUUAUGUUA